AUGAUGGAUAGAAAACAGAGACUUGAAGGUAUCAACAUAAUCGAAAGGUUAACCAAAUCAAAGAUGUUUAGUGUUGAUAUCGAUGAAGGAUCAAAAGAUAUUUCACUACCUUUUAUCGAACAAGAAAAGAAGGGUGACUUUAUACACUACUCGCUACACGAUUACAGAGCAGGUGAUGAAUUUGUACACAAGUACAACUAUUCCGAUAGGAAAGAUUCACGCAAACAACAUGCCAAGGGUCUGUUUGAGAAAACACAAAAAGAUACAGAAGAAUAUAUCCUCAAUGCCAUUCGUGCUUUACCAAAGGAUGGAUCGACACCCUCUUCUUCAAUUGACACUUUAUUAUUAAUGUGUUCAAGUCUAAAUCUUACAGAUACAUUGAAUGAAAAUGAAUUUAAAACAAUUUAUAAAUUAGAAGAAAAACAUUUUAGAGAUAAUGUAAAAUUGAUUAUGGAUUUGGGUCAAGUGACACUGUUUGAAAUCAUAUUGUCUCACAUACUGAGACGUAGUACAACAUUGUUAAAGUUUAUUUCAGUGUUUUAUCACUGUAUCGAAGCACAAACUUUAUUUUAUAUCGUGACAAGCCUAUAUCUAAUGCCAGCAACCGGCCCGUCACCUAGAUUCACCCAGGAGGAAGAUAAAGAAUAUCGUAUAGAAUUCAUGGAAAUACUGGUUCGGUUACGUCAUAUGAACACAUAUCAUUUUAUAGUUCAUCAGACAUAUGAAGAGAGUGGCGUAUUUAUGUAUGCAGAGGAUUAUAUGAAUAAAGAUGCCAUUUUUUCUGGAGGUGUAUGGGGUUCAUACAACUCUGUUUCAAAGAUUCCAGUGACCACGACAAGAGAAGUGGAUCUUGCAAAAUAUAUUUUAAGCAAAUACCCAGAGACAACCUUUUUGGAUGAUCUUACUUGUCAAAUAUUAGAGACAAAGUUUGAAAGAAAACAAGAGUUGUCUCAAUGGACAAAAAUUGCCAAAGAUAAAACAAGUGCUUUAAUUUCUGAAUUGGCUAAAGAUUUAGGAACAGGUUUAGGAAAAGAAGCAACAAAGAAGAAAAAAAAGAAAAAAUCAAAACCAAAGAAUGAUAAAAAAGAAGAAAAAAUAGAUGAUAAAAUAGAAGAAGAAAAAGAAAAAGAAAAAGAGGAGGAAGAAGAAAAAGAAAAAGAAUUGUUAAAUUUAUUAAAGAAUAUUAAUAACUCAACUUUACCGACAACAAAUUUAAAAAAUUCCUCAACAACAACUACAACUACAAAAACUAAUCAAAAUAAUAAUAAUGAAAAGAAAAAACAACAACCAACAAAAAAAAUAAUUAAAAAUCAAUCUUCUAAACCUACUCCUACUCCUCCUCCUCUUCAAAUUAAAACUGAUCAACUUGUAAUACCAAAGACAACAACAACAACAACACCUACAUCAUCUGAAUCAACAAAACAAAUUAAUUUAAACAAAGUUAAAAUUGAUAAAAAACAACAACAAGAAGAAUUACUAUCUCGAUAUAAUAUAGUAGAAGUCGAGUUGGAUAAAACAGUUGGAAAAUUUAGAUUUAGUAGAGCGCCAAAAUAUAUUAUCGGUAGAGGAAGUAAUGGUACAUUGGUAUUCAUGGGAUUGUGGAGUGAAUUCAAGGUUCCAGUUGCCAUCAAACAAAUGAACAAGGCAUUUAACGAAACGAGUCGAGUUGCAGAGGAAAUUGAUUUGAUGAUUAAGCUUUCAAAUGAAGCUGCGGGAUCAUCAAAUAUGGUACGAUACAUUGACAAGGAAGAGGAUGAUAUGUUCUUUUAUCUCGGUGUCAGUCUGUGCGACUGUUCGUUGCAAGAAAUGUAUGAAAACGAAGCAGUACCAGCACAAAUAAUCCAACAGAAAAAAAAUCUAGAUAAAAUGACAGCCAUCAAGGAUAUGAUUAGCGGCGUCACAUUCCUCCAUCAACACAAUGUUGUCCACAACGAUUUAAACCCUCGAAAUAUUCUCAUCAAAGAUGGUCGUCUGUUGAUAUCAGAUAUGGGUCUGAGCAAGAUGUUGACUGUCGACAGCUCAUUCUCACUCACCCAUUCACCAACUGGAACUGGUGGUUAUCACCCCGCCGAAACCAUCACUGGACAACGUAAAACAAAGUCGGUUGACAUCUUUUCACUUGGAUGUCUCAUUUGCUACAUUCUCAGCGACGGUCAAGGUCACCCAUUUGGCACUGAUAAAUGGCAACGUAUUUCACGAAUCAUGUGCGACCGACCAGAUGUGGCCGAAUCUCUGCCACAAGCCAACAAGGAAUCAAUUGAUUUAAUCACUCAAAUGGUACUCAAAGAUGCCGACAGCAGACCAUCGAUUGCUGCCGUUUCCAAACACCCAUUCUUUUGGACGGUCCAACAAAAAAUGUCAUUCCUCGACACGAGCUAUCAAGCAUCCAAAUCGUCUUCAUGGAACACUCUUCCAGUCGUAUCACUCCAAGAAAUUGGAAGCUCGACUGUCAAGUCAUGGGACACUGUCAUUGACAAGAAUCUCCUAUCACUAUUGGUCCAAAACGUCAAUGUUACCUACAACUUUGAAAAUGUCAAAGAUCUCAUUCGAUGCAUUCGUAAUUGUAUUCAACAUUUCAAAGACAUUAAACUCAACAACAACAGCAAACAAUUUUUCGACAGCCCAGAGGCAGCAUUCCAAUAUUUUGAUACACUCUUCCCUCAAUUGGUUAUCAAUCUAUAUGUUACAUUUAGAUCAAAUCCAAAUUUUAUUAAAUCAAAUGCUACCAUUUUAUCUUUAUUUUUUAAUUAA